GAAUAAGGUACUUUUCUACGAGUGUAGCGUUUUCGCAGCUAAAAGCUAGUGAUGAUAAUCUUUUAGUUAUAUUAACUUUUGUAAAUUGGUCGUUUUCCGCAGUGGAAAAAGUCGCAAAAACAUUCAUCCAGACGUGUAGAAGUGCAAUAUCCUAAAAUAAUCUUAUUUGAAGCAUUAUAAUGCGUCCAGUUUUACAGUAAAAGCGGAUGGUGAGCGAUGGCGAGAGUACGGUGAUAGAUUUUUGGUGUUAAAUUUUGCUCCGUGUCAUCACCGACUUAAUCGUCGACUACGUCUAAGAAAGACAAAAACCAUUUUGUUUCGCCGUUUUACGUGUUAUUAUAACUAAAUAUUCGAUUAUCUCGAAGGAUUGAUGAGGAAAUAUAUUGUCAUUGACUGACCGGCUGAUAUUACACGAGGCUUGUAUGUAUAUGUGACUUCUCCCUGCUGCUAUUCGUGACACGCCUCAGAAAAUAAAGAUAAAUUUGUGAAUCGAACUGUUCGUUUUUGUUAUUGUGUCAUUUUAGUGUUAUAGUUGUUUUAAAAUUACGUAACUAUUGUGGAAUCUUGAAGUGUAUAAAGAAUGGCCUGAGUGUGACCAUUCCAUUACCGUCAUGUGUGACGAAGGAAUGUUUGUUUAGGCUCUAAUAUUGUGCUGCGACCUUACGGGAAGUGCGCGUUCGUCUCGUGAACUGGGUCGGAUCAUGAAUCUGCCCGAAUCAAAACAAGUUACGCAUUGAUCGCCGUCUACUAUUGUCAUUCGGGACACUUAUAAACUAUCAAAAUGUCUUCGGGAACGUUUGUGGACAGGAUCGAUCCUUUCGCGAAGCGAUCUCUGAAGAAGAAAACGAAGAAGUCGCAAGGCUCGUCACGGUACCGCAACACGCAGGACGUGGAGCUGCAGGCGCUGCCGCUGCUCAAAGAUGUCCCUAGCAGUGAGCAAGAAGAGUUAUUUAUACGUAAACUGCGGCAGUGCUGUGUAGCAUUUGACUUCAUGGAUCCCGUAGCGGACCUGAAGGGGAAGGAGAUCAAGCGUGCUACUCUCAAUGAGCUGGUGGAGUACAUCACCGGCGGCCGCGGGGUGCUAACUGAGCCUGUCUAUCCAGAAAUUAUAAAAAUGAUAUCGGCGAACCUGUUCCGCACUCUGCCGCCGAGCGACAAUCCCGACUUCGACCCGGAGGAGGACGACCCGACCCUGGAGGCGUCGUGGCCGCACCUGCAGCUGGUCUACGAGUUCUUCCUGCGCUUCCUCGAGUCCACCGACUUUCAGCCCACUAUUGGCAAGAAGGUCAUUGACCAGAAAUUCGUCUUGCAGCUGCUAGACCUGUUCGACUCGGAGGACCCGCGCGAGCGCGACUUCCUCAAGACCGUGCUGCACCGCAUCUACGGCAAGUUCCUCGGGCUGCGCGCCUUCAUCAGGAAACAGAUCAACAACAUAUUCCUGCGGUUCGUCUACGAGACCGAGCACUUUAACGGCGUCGGGGAACUGUUAGAAAUAUUGGGAAGCAUAAUCAACGGUUUCGCGCUGCCGCUGAAGAGCGAGCACAAGCAGUUCCUGGUGAAGGUGCUGCUGCCGCUGCACAAGGUCAAGUGCCUGUCGCUGUACCACGCGCAGCUCGCCUACUGCGUGGUGCAGUUCCUCGAGAAGGACGCCACGCUCACCGAGCCCGUCGUGCGCGGCCUGCUCAAGUUCUGGCCCAAGACCUGCUCACAGAAGGAGGUGAUGUUUUUGGGCGAGAUAGAAGAGAUAUUAGAUGUGAUUGAGCCUGCGCAAUUUGCGAAAAUACAGGAGCCCCUCUUCAGACAGAUAGCAAAAUGCGUAUCUAGUCCACACUUUCAGGUGGCGGAGAGGGCGCUCUACUUCUGGAACAACGAGUACAUAAUGUCGCUGAUGGAGGAGAACAACCACGUGAUCAUGCCGAUCAUGUUCCCGUCGCUGUACCGCAUGAGCAAGGAGCACUGGAACCAGACCAUCGUGGCGCUCGUCUACAACGUGCUCAAGACCUUCAUGGAGAUGAACUCGAAGCUCUUUGACGAACUCACCGCCAGCUAUAAGGCGGAACGGCAGAAAGAGAAGAAGCGCGAGAAGGAGCGCGACGAGCUGUGGAAGCGGCUGGGCGAGCUGGAGAUCAGCUCCCGCGGCGCCGCGGUGGCGCCCGCCAAGUGAUGCGCUCCGUGGGACACUAGCGCAGCCCUCCAGUGUUAGACUAAUACGCGAUCGAUUUUAUCCAAGUUAUGUAUUCAUAUUUUCUAUUCGAUUACAUUUUUGUUAAUGACGUUAUUAAUUUUUUAUACCUCCGUCUCGGUCCGCGCCGGGCGCCGGCCGCGACUCCGUCGUCGCUGUACUAGUAUUUUAUAUACGUUUAUUUAGGGCCCUAGUUUACGUUAGGAUUUUUUAAUAUUGUUAAAUUGUUUAAAUAAGUAAAGUUGUAUGUAUUAUUGAUACACGAUCGAUUGUACCGCAUUUCGUAUCACCGGCGAUUAUUGUAUUAUUCGGGCACCCGGCUCUGCCGGAUAUGAUUGUACAAAAUGACUAGGGAAAUUUGAAAUUGUAAUAAUGUUUAGUGCCGGGCGUCGCCGCCGGCGCCGCGAGUAGAUUGUUGUAUGAAAUUUUCAUUUCGAAUUAGAUGCUCGUUUCCAAAAGAUGUAAUUUCGUCAUACUAUCAUUUUGUAUAGUUACAUAGUGUAAAUAGGCAUUUAUUUAUUUUAAAUUUAUAGCAGUGUGAUUUUUAUACCUAGCUGCGGGAGUGUGGCGCUGUAAUCGGACAGGUCGGAGCGAACGGAGACACCGCGUAUCAUGCGUACAGCCGAUAAAAUUAAAUCGUUCAUUUGAUCAUAUUGGAGUAGAACAAUGAUUAAAGUAGAUAUAAUAAUUUUUAAGGGAAUAGUCAUUAAUUUGUAUGAUAUUACUGUAGCCUUAAUAUUUUUUCUAUCAUCACUCGAGCGCCGGGUCACAGUACAUUCAUAGCUUAAGGCGGCCACCGACGAACGUCGCGUGAAGCCACGCGUCCACACCUGUUGUCGGUGGUGGCCCGCAGCGCGCAGGCGCAGUAAGCUACGCACGUCCACUGUGGCCGGCCCCGGGCGACCGCGGCCGCUCGUACACACCGAGCACGAGAGCCGCGCGCGCUGUGCGUAUGUAUGUAUGUACACUAUGGAGAUGUUUGUUAUGUAAAAUGUAUUAACAUUACAAAAAUUAUAUAUGAUACUUAUAUAUAAAUUACUAUUAUAGAACACAGUAUGAAAAUAAAAACAAGUUGACUUCACAUGUAUAUUGUCGUUGAAUUCUUUAAGUAUAAUAUGUAAGCGUAGGCGCCCCGCGGCGGCCUAGGCCCUGGCGGGCCUCCGGCCUCGUCUCGGCCCCGGCCCGGCUCGGCCUCGGCCCCGGCUCGGCCUCGAGGCCCGCCCCGGCCCGGCCCGCCUCCCGCCUCGUCGCACUGUGUCCCGGAGCUAACGAUCCCUUAGCCCUAGUGCCCAUACUCGGUUAACGUAAAUGCGUUGGAAAUACACAACAAAUUUUCACAUU